AUGUGUGAAAAAUACAACUUGUCUUCUCGUCUGGUUUGAUAGAUCAGGUCAUCUGAAAGUCUGAUUUUUCCAGGGUUAUCAGGCGUUGCGAACACCGAUCACACUUCAGAUCCCAAUGAAUCUCAACUUCAGAUCUUUGUUAUUGUUUACGGAACCGGUUUCGUGUUUUGACUCGGAUAAUUUUCGUUGUCCAAGACAGGAAUUGUGUGCUAGUGAGUGUAGCUACAUAAUAUGACCGGUUAACAAUGAAUUUAGAAGAGGCCAUUAAUACAUUUUGAGAUCAAUAGAUUGAGUAGCUUCUCUUAUAGAAAAAAUUAUGUUUUCUCCAGAUUGCUCUUCAUUCUGCAUCCCUUUGUUAACAAAAUGUGAUGGCCUCGAUAGUUGUUCGGAAGAUGAAUCAAAUUGUGUAAUUUCUCAGCCUCGAUCUCCGCCACAUUCGAGUUAUCGAUAUGGCAGAGAAGCUUUAUCAUCAAGUCAAAUCAUGCUUAUCGGAUUUUUUGCAUUGAAUGGAUCUUUUAUUGUCUUCUUCUUGAUUCUUUCACUUUGCUCGGCUGGAAUUUGGUUCGCCAAAUGUCCAAUUUACAAGAAGAAGAGCAAGGCUUCUCGACACACUUUUAUCAGAUAUUUGAGGUAUUUUUAAAAAAAAAAUAAUUUGGUAAUUUAUCAAUUUCUUUCUAGAGAAGCUAUACCUUCUCAACAUCAACAUCAAUCACCUGAUGAAUCUGAACCCUUAAAAACCAUCGAUCCCACGACUCUUCCCUCAGCUCGAAAGAAAACUUCUAUCUUGAACAGAAUAAAUUUUCAACCAGCACCCGCUUUAAAAGAGCUUGAACCUGAAUUUGAAGAUCGAGAGAUUGAAGAGCAGAGUGAAUCGAUUUGCUCUCCACCAGCUCAUCAACCUGAAGUUUUUCUACGUCGACAAAGUUUGCCGUUUGGAAUUGUGCCACCAAAUAAUAAACCAAGGCUUGGAAUACGAGCAAUGUCUGUUCAACAUUGA